CUUGACUCACUACUCGACGAGUCACAUUUGUUUACUGGACACCAUUGUCUACUGUCGUCUGUCGUUGACGUGACCUGUAUCUCGAACGAAUCGAGGGAGGGCCCACCACUUUGCAACACCUCGUAACCCCUGAAUCGCCAAAUGGGAAACACAGUUCACCCAAUGCAUAGUUCCUUCGCGAAUGCUGACCUUGUAGAGUGUGUUCUGAGGUUUCUGCCUGACUUUCAAUGCCUUGCUUCAACAAUAUUGACCUCAAAGACCAUCUACAACGUCUUUCAACAACACCCUCGCUCGGUCGUUCGCUCUGUAGCUUACAACUUGGUUGGACUAGCCUUACCACAAGCACUACGUUUCGUCCGAUGCCAAAAUGCGCAAUUAUAUUCCAAGCCCGUUGGUGAACUCUUGGGCGAGGACGAUAUUCAGAAAAACCCAGUGCUUUCCAACCAGGACAUUAGAAGCCUUGUGGCCAUUUCCACCUCUGUUCAAGAGCUCGAAAGCCUGUUUAGUUGGAGAAUGAAAGACCGAAGAUUUAAGACAAGCCAACUCUCCUUGGCAGAGUCGACACGAUUCCAGAAAGCGAUGUACCGAUUGUCCUUGUUCUCGGCUGUCUACGGCCACAAUGGUUACGAGUCAGCUGUUGAUCCUGACUCAGAUCAAGAAGAAAUAGAUUCGGCACUCACAGAAGCCUUUUCACUACGAAAAGGUUUCUUCGGAAGUUUUUCCACUCCUGAGCUGAGGGAUAUUCAACGGGUUGAAACCUUUUUGCGAGGAAUAAUCGCUCGCGCUGAGGGUUUUGAUUUUACUAUGAUCCCAUCUGCAACAUACAGCCCUGAGUCGUCAUUUAUGCUAUACUGUGCUCCCCACAACGUGGUUGAUGUAUAUAAGGGAGGGUUGGAUUGCAUCACCGAAUGGGAUUUCGACCCCACUGAAGAAAUCUUCUUCCAUGACCAAUUCAUGAUUGGGCCUUUAAAAACUGUCUUGAUCGACAGGAAAGAGCCGCUUCUCCUUCCCGUUAAUCAAAAACAACCUAUAAUUGACGAAAUCGUUGGAGAGCAUGAUCGGUGCUCGCAAUGUCAAUCCAAUACUGCCCAGGGGUUGGAUUUAUGGGGACCAAGUAACUGGAGCUACCUCUGGGGCAACCAGCUUCACCACUCAAUCGCACAAUUACUGAAAGGUCGCGUCGGCGCAAAUCUUGCAGACAGAACUCACUUUUUGACUGUGUCGCAGGAGACACCAGCUGAGGAGCUUGUCGGGGGGCUGUUUGACUACAAAACACCGGCUUAUCUCACCUGGAACAAAGCAGACUGGCUAUGUUCACAAUGCUUGGAGAAGUUCAUACGCGAUCAUCUCCAUAUCUGGUACUUGGGUCAGAAGAUUAACCGAGGAGACGUGAUUCCAGACAACUGCUGGUACGGAUAUAACUGUCGUACCCAAACACACAGAUUAGCACAUGCGCAGAAACUGAAUCACUGGUGUGAACCUAUCAAGGGAGAUGCCACUCCGACGAACGUCUAAGGGUUAGGGAUUCUUUUAUGGCUCUCGGAUCGUGAUAUGUAUCUUUAGGUUUAGUCCUUUCUAUUGCGUAGGCCGCGUAUCGAAUUUGGUCGCGGUUACACGCACUGGGCCACUUCGUAUCUGGCUCAGUGGCACGUACUAGCUUUGUUUGUAUUCAAGGUUACCAUUGAAAAUGACAUGCAACGCCAAUUGUAUGCCUCC